AUGUUUUGUAAUGAUCCGUAAUUUACAUUACUAAAUAUUGAUGAAGAAUGGAGCAAUGUGAACAAAAAGACCUCGAAUCCGUUAAAUGUUGAACCAUGGAUAGGAAACUAUGAUAAUAUUUUCAAGUAAGAUAGAAAAUAAGUCUCUCCCAAAAAAAUGCAAAUCAAAACUCCAAUCAGAACAACUACUCAAACUAGAAGAAGAUCAAUUGAAACAUCUAAUCCUAGUCAUCAAGAGAGUUGUCCUAAGAUCGAAAUCAAAUCCUAUAUACAAUCAUUUUAGAUGAGUAGCCUUUCUCCUCGAAAAAAUUCCACUUAAAAAUAUAGAAACUCUUGUGUCAAAGCUCUUUUCCAAAAAUCUUUAUAUAAUAAUAACUCAUUAACUUGGACUGACUAUUAUAAAAUAAUAUAGAAGAAUAGAAACGAAGAGAUUCUGAACUAUAAUGUGAUCGGUUAGAAUAUUAAACUUCUCCAAUCAGAUGAAAAAUAACAGGUUUGGAAUAAUUUUAGAAUGA